UUCUUCUCUCUUCUCUUCUUUUUCUUCUUCUUCUUCUUCCUCCUCCUCCCUCUCCUCCCCCACCCCCUACCCCAUUGAUGUGUUAUUAUUGGGGGGGCUGGAGCAGUAAAAAAAGAAGAAGGAAAAAAAAGAGCGGGGCUCGGCUGGGAGAGGUUGAGCGCGGGGCUGACGGACAUCGGCGGCGAUGGAAGAACUUACGGCGUUCGUCUCCAAGUCUUUUGACCAGAAAGUGAAGGAGAAGAAGGAGGCGAUCACGUACCGGGAGGUGCUGGAGAGCGGGCCUCUGCGCGGGGCCAAGGAACCGACCGGCUGCGCGGAGCCCUGCCGCGACGACCGCAGCAGCCCGGCAGUCCGGGCGGCCGGCGGAGGCGGCGGCGGCGGAGGAGGCGGAGGAAGCGGAGGCGGAGGAGGCGGAGGAGGUGCAGGAGGAGGAGGAGCAGGCGGAGGAGCUGGAGGAGGGCGCUCUCCCGUCCGGGAGCUGGACAUGGGCGCCGCCGAGAGAAGCAGGGAGCCGGGCAGCCCGCGGCUUACCGAGGUGUCCCCGGAGCUGAAAGAUCGAAAAGAGGAUGCGAAAGGGAUGGAGGAUGAAGGCCAGACCAAAAUCAAGCAGAGGCGAAGUCGGACCAAUUUCACCCUGGAACAACUCAACGAGCUGGAGAGGCUUUUUGAUGAGACCCACUACCCGGACGCCUUUAUGCGCGAGGAACUGAGCCAACGGCUGGGGCUGUCUGAGGCCCGAGUGCAGGUUUGGUUUCAAAAUCGAAGAGCUAAAUGUAGAAAACAAGAAAAUCAACUUCACAAAGGUGUCCUCAUAGGAGCUGCCAGCCAAUUUGAAGCAUGUAGAGUCGCACCCUAUGUCAAUGUAGGUGCUUUAAGGAUGCCAUUUCAGCAGGUUCAGGCGCAGCUGCAGCUGGACAGCGCCGUGGCGCACGCGCACCACCACCUGCACCCGCACCUGGCCGCGCACGCGCCCUACAUGAUGUUCCCGGCGCCGCCCUUCGGACUGCCGCUCGCCACGUUGGCCGCGGACUCGGCCUCGGCUGCCUCUGUCGUGGCUGCUGCCGCUGCCGCGAAGACCACCAGCAAGAACUCCAGCAUCGCCGAUCUCAGACUGAAAGCCAAAAAGCACGCGGCCGCCUUGGGUCUGUGACGCCAACGCCAGCGCAAAGGUCGCGCUUCCACCGUGGCACGCCCCCUGCACGCCCUCCGCGCCCCGCUGCUUCUCCUUUACCCUCUCCGGACCUCCGGACCGAGCCUCUUUCCGCCCGCUGAUCGCCCCUUGCCCCCUUCGGCAUCCCGGACUCGGAGGGCGGGACUCUGCGCGGGACCCGGGAUCCCACGAGGCGCACCAGCUCCGUGGCUCCUGACCAUUCACCUACCCGAGGCCCUAGAAUUCGGCUUUGUAGGGGCGGGUUUGGGGAAGUCUGGAGAGAGACUGGACAAGGGAGUGCUGGGACAGCGGAAUGUGGCCGACGGCAAAGCUGCAACGAUGGACUCCGGCAUAGAAAUAAAAAUCCUGUUAAUAAAAAAUGAGCAAAAAAAAAAAAAAAAGUAGAAAAGCGAACCAGAGAGAGAAAGAGAAAGGGAACUUAUUUCUUACUGCUAUUUGACAGAAGCUGAAAUCGGAGAUAGAACCAAGGAACAAAAACAAAUUUUAGAAAGUAAAGUAUUUUAUACAUUUAACAAUAUGGAAAAAUAACCUGGAUGAAUCUCAAGAGAAGGGGGAAGAGGUACCAACUUAGAGCGUAUGUUUUUUUUUAAUGGGCUAAGAAGGCAAAACAGAAAGAAGAGGUAUACUUAUUUAAAGAAUUAAGAUGAAAAAAAGUGGGCAGCUGGGAAGUUCACAGGUUUUGAAACUGAUCUUUUUCUGCGAAGUUCACUUUAAUACAAGAAAUUUGAUAAGAGAGGCGGGCCUCCUUUUACGUUGAAUCAGAUGCUUUGAGUUAAAAGCCACCAUGUAUGGAAGAGCAAGAAGAGGGAAGACAGUAUAAAAACGAGGAGAGAAAAAAAUGCUAUUAACACAAAAAAGUGAUACCACAGACAAUGAUUUCGCUGAGAAAUUAUGGCCGAACUGUCCAGACUGCUGACAGUAAAUUCCGGGUUGCAUGUUACUUGUAUUCCGUUGAUGGUGUCUCCCCCCUCCCCGCUUUAUUCACAUGCACUUACUCCAUUUUCAUCUCCAGUACGAAAAACACCACGAAAAGCAUCUGGAAAUUGAUAUGUAUCUAUAUAUAUUUUUGCCCUGUCUUUGAUCCUGGGUGACAAAAGAACAAAAUCGGAGGGGAAAAAAUUUACACUGAUUAUCCCAAGAAAACUGAGGCGGGCAGAAAAUGUGGGGAAAGGAAAAAGAAAACAAGAAGACCCAAUGAAAUAAUGAAGGUACAGCGCCUCACUCCGGGCCUGACACAUACAUAGUAGGCGCUCAGUGUUAGUCCCCCCCCUUGCCCCUUCCUUGAGUUCCCUCUUGCUGAUUUCCUGAAGUCCUCUUUGAGGACCGUACUUUAUUUCCCCCUCUCUAUCCUGUCACACCUUAAACAACACCCAGCUAGAUACAGGCACUAGGUUUGUGUAAAAUAUGUUGAUACACACAAAGUUUAUUUUGGCUAAAAUGUGUGAACUGAUGGUUGACUUUCAACAUUUGCAUUUUAUUUCACAAAGGUGUAUAUUCAAGUAAUUGUUUCAAUUCAUGUAGCUAUUUAAACUGGGGUACCCUGGACUAAGCAAUCUGUAUCCCAAUUCUCUAGAAAGCCUCCUUAGUUGUUUUUUUUUCCCUUCUAAUUUACAAGAAAGAGGAAAAGCUCUUUUAACUGAACUUUGCUAUGCGGUUGAGCUUUGUAACUAUUUGUUCUCCAUGAAAACAAAAUUAUUUAUAUUUGCCAUAUUUUUUCUAGUGUAUUAAGUUAUUUUAAACAAAGAAGAUGCUGUUAUUUCAUGACGUGUUGUCGGUACAAAAUGUUUUGGUUUCACCUUUGUUAAACCUUUUAAAUAAGUGCCAAGUUAUUAAUUGAAGACACUUUGCGAUCAAUUGAAUGAAAAUAGUAUUGUUUCAUUUGAUGAGGUUCGCGUCGUCUUUGUUCCUGUUACUAUUAAACUAUCCGGGAUAAUC